AUAUGAAUGUAAUUGAACAAAUACAAGUAAUAGGGAAGGAAUAAUAUAUUUCUGUCAUUACUAAUGGGAACAAUAUUUGUCCCUGUUCGAGCGUGCCGUCACAUUUGAUGGCUCAUCAUUUAUCAAAAUUGGGACACAAUCAGUUAUCUGGAUCGUUUGCAGUCAGUCAAACGAUCAAACAAUGCAAUUACACAUCGAUAUUUCAUGCUGAUCAUGUACAUCAGUGAAAUAAACUUGCUGCAACCAUCUCCCUAGAUUUAAUGAAAAAGAUAAGCCGGUGAUACUGCAGCUAACACAAUUACGAUGUCUAGAUUGAUACAUGCAUCGAAUGUAACAUUGUUGAACUAAAACAUUUCCCUUCUGGCAAGCGUCACAUGUGGUUUCAUCAAAACCACUGUUGAGCUUCACUUUUGGUAUAUAACAAGACGAUAAUAGUUAUCGUUAUUUCACUUCCAACGAUGCCUCUGAUAAAGUGGAACUCUUCAACAUAGAACCCGGCAAUAUUUUGAAUUCGCCAAAUUCUUUCAAAGAAAGGGAAGAGAAUCGUAUAAGAAGACGCUUGUGUUAUGAAUAUCUUUAUUGUUAUCCUUCACGAGAAUCCGUUUAAACGAAGCGUUCCUCAUUUCGGCCAUCGAUGAUUUAAGCGAUCAGAAUGCGGAAGAAACGUUUAGUGUUGAGAUCGAUCUCCCAUCAAACUUAAGGAGUAAAUGUUAUUUGUUCAUCGACGUGCCAUCUCGGACAAAAGAUUCGGAGUAACAAAGGCGCCGCUUGUUUGGACAAAGGAAGAAGAAAAAUUUAAAAUUAGUGCAAAAGGGGAGUCAUGGAUGAGAGCGAGAAAGAAAACAAAUCGGACGCGGUGGAAGAAAUAGUGGUGAAAGAUAUUGUUUCUGUUGAUACAACGGACAAAAAGUCUCAAGCGUACAAGCAAUCCAAUAGUUAUGCUGCGAAGAAGACCGUGGCCCAAGGUAUGAUGGAUGUUGCCCUAAUUACCGCCAACGCGAACCAGUUAAGAUACCUAAUUGAAUAUCAACGAGAGAGCUCCACGUUUUAUCUGAUUCUGAGCUUAAUCAUUAUCAGUCUUUUUCUUCAGGUGGCCGUAGGCAUCAGUUUGAUUUUCAAAGGUCGAUUUGACAUAAAAGGACAAUCGAAAUCGAUACAAGCACGAAAAAUCAAUAACUACGUGGUAAUCGGGGUAUUUCUAAUAACUAUCAUCAAUGUAUUUAUUGCCGCGUUCAGUAUAUCUGUUCCUAGCCCUCCUACGCUACCGUGAAUAAAAAAAUGGUAAUUGACAA